AAUGAUAAGUAAAACUGGAUUUUUAGCAUCGCUGAUUAGGAUCGCCCGUGUCCGUAGCACCUUACAUAAUGGCCAAGCGACAGACUUGGGAUCAAAUGCGUCAGAUCUUCGUUCAGGCGGUGAAUGCCGUGCAUCCUGAGAAGAUAUUUGCCGAUUUCCAGAAGUUCGAUUUGCGUCCCCAUGUCGGGGAAAACCCCAACGAAAUCUCCAUAAAACUGAAUGGAGAGCGACAGGAUAUUAGUGGAAAGACCUGCCAUAUCGUGGGAUUCGGCAAAGCCGUCCUGGGAAUGGCCAACAAAGUGCAUCAGGAUCUGGGAGCCUCUUCGGCCGGCGGAGUCCUAAGUGUUCCCGUCAACACUCUAAAACAGUUCCAACAACCCAUUGCAUCUGGUUUGAAUAUCCACGAAGGAGCAGCCAACAAUCUCCCGGAUGAGGGUGCCCUAAAAGCAGCCCAGGAAAUCAAAGAACUGGCCAAAAAGAUGACACCCCAGGACGUCCUCUUCGUCUUCAUUUCAGGAGGAGGAUCUGCUCUACUGCCCUUGCCGCGGGCACCAUUAACUCUGGAUGAUAAGCGUUCCAUUGCAGAUAAACUGAUGAAACGAGGAGCCAGCAUCCAGGAGAUUAACGCCGUGAGGAUUGCCUGUUCGGACAUUAAGGGCGGACGCUUGGCCAGGUUUGCCGGCCAAGCCGGACUCCUUGUGACCUUUGUGCUGAGCGACAUCAUAGGAGAUCCCCUAGAGCUGAUAGCCUGCGGUCCCACCAUUCAACCAGUGGCUGAAGCCUUCCCUUCCGACAUCCUCAGGAAACACCAGGUGUGGGAUGAGCUAUCCCCGGAGAUACAGCAGGUCUUUGAGACAACGCAACACCUGGAGAACCCUUUGCUACCGGAGCACAAGAUCUUUGUGGUGGGCAGUAAUGUGAUAGCCACUUCAACGGCCGCCCUGGAGGCAGAAAAACUUGGCUACAUUCCCUGCAUUCUUAGUUGCGGCGUUCAAGGAGACGUUGCCCAAGUGGCUGGCGACUAUCAACGAUUGCUGCAGGGCAUCCAGGAGGCCAAACAUCAGGGCAUUCGUGAUCCGCAGCUAAGGGAGAAGUACGCCUUCGGGGAGAAGAGUUUCCCGGGCUUUAGGCGGGCCUUAGAAGAACACUUAAGCAGCAAGAAGCCACUAUUCCUGAUCUGUGGAGGCGAACCGGUCAUAAAAGUUACUGGUCAAGGAUUGGGCGGCAGGAGUCAGCACUUGGCCCUGCUGAUGUCGCAGGCUCUGCACCGCGACGAGGCCUUGAGGGAUUGCACGUUCCUCAGCGCCGGAACCGAUGGCAUCGAUGGACCCACCGAUGCAGCUGGCGCCAUUGGAGACAGCAGUGUGGUGGAGUCGUAUCUGGGUGAUCAUACGCUCGAUGAACUGGCCGAAACGCUGCGCAAUUGCGACAGCUACAAUUUCUACAAGAAUCUCUCGCAGGGCGACCACCACGUGCUCACUGGCCACACGGGAACCAAUGUGAUGGAUCUGCAUUUCCUGGUAGUGCCUUAGUGUACCGCCCCGCCCGCUCAUAAAUACUUAUAUAUGUGGGGCAGUUCGUUAAUGGAGCUGCUCUUGAACCGCAGACGGGCAAUAGUCGUUUAAAUUUGUUUUUACGAUUUUCCUCUUUAAUUUUGCUCUAUGAAAUUUUUACGACUUUUUUCAUUAACAUUUUUAAUAUCCAUUCAAAUUCAAAUAAUUUUGUGAUCUUUAUGCUCUGAGACGUUCUCCAGUGACAGCAUAAAAUGGCAAUUAGCUUUCGUCUCCGGUUAUGAAAUCAGCUUGGAAUUGUCUUGAUUGUAAUUAUGUGCCAGGCGACAGAUGUGAUAAAUCAAUUUGUAUAUGCGAUCACCACAGAGCAUAAAUAUAUCUGAGUAAUUUCCAUUUAAUUUCCAUUUCUUUUGUACUGCGUCUCAUAAAAAUGCGCUGCUAAUAAAUCAUCUUAAUUGUUCGAAACGCCAAAGGCAAACAGUAGCCAGCGAGCAACUACAACAAUAGCCAGCUAUAAUUGCAAUUAAAAAUGUAAAUAUAUUUGCUUCGCUUUAUUUUUAGCAACUGAAAAACUAAAACGCGACGCGCGCCCAGUUGCAAUUUAGCAAUUUUUACUAGCUAACACUUUGACUGCAUAUUUUUCUAAUUGUGAUUGUUUUGCCCGCUUCUAUCAACGCUUCUUAUUGUUUACUCCGUGCGGUAUAGCUGUAUAGUAUAAUUAUAAUUCCGCGCAUUUGCCACAAUUAUUAAAUAAUCACAUUCGCCAGCCAAUCUCUUGUGCUAUUUUUGCUCGACUAGGUUUGUUAUUAACUACAUUCUCUAGAUAUGCAUUAGCCGAAAGCGGAGAUGACUAAGUUCUGAUUCCUUUGAAACUAUACUAUGACAUGUCUGAGAUAUCUAUCUGCUGCGCACAAAAGUCAUUUGUCUCAACGAUGAAUUGACUGCAGAAAUGCUUUGUGCUGGAAAGUGAAUGAGUCAAGGGUCCAUCAAUAGGGGAAAUAUAUUUAUUAAGUAAAAAAUUUAAUUUGAACCAGAAGACCAAACAAAUUAUAUUGUUUUCUUUAAGCCAUUUUUUUAAAGAUUUAAUGACAAUCUGAAACAUUUCUUUAAUACAUAAUAAACUCGUAUGUUUUUUGCAAUUAUAUUUAGAAUUAAGAAAAAUUGUAAUGUACUCAUUUUUAUAAAAAACCAAAUACAUAUAUUUUAAAUGCA